UCGCGUUCAGUUGAGUUUGCGAUCUUGUGACAACGGUAUCGAUGUUGUCGAGAGCGCGAUGUGACGCGUGUGCGAUUUAUUAUUAGUGUUUUUAUUUUUCUUAAUUUGUAAAAAAACAAAGCUAAUUUCAAGAAUUAAUUCAAAAAAGUGUAGAAAUAAAAAAAAUAGUGAUAAAAAAUAUAUAUAAAAAAAAGAAAAAGAAAAAAUAGUAUCUAAAAUGUUUUUUGGCCUAAUACAGUUAACGUGGUUCGACGCGACCACUGCCGCGUUGCCUUUUAUCACCGUCGCUUUGCUGCAACUGUUGAAUGCAUUGUUAACGGAUCAAGCGACGCGUCGCGUAAAGUCGGCAAACGAGUUAACAACCGUCGCGCAUUUGUUGGCCGAAGAUGGCACAGCGACAACAACAACAACGGCAGCAAAUGGCAAAUCAACAGCCGCAAAUGGUGCAGAAAAUGGGAAAUUACAAAAACAAAAGAGUGAACACUGUGAAGACUCUAUAACAAUUAUACCCUCAGCGCCGGUGUGCUCAUCAACGCCACCCUCAUCUGCACGUAAUUCCAUCAAUUUGUUACACAACAACAAUGGCAACAAUCACAUCAUCAUUCCACAUACGCCCUAUCUACCCGAUAUACUCAGCGAUGAAUAUCACGAUGACGAAGAUACUCUCUCGCUGGAGAAUCUCUUUCCCUGCGAUCAAAGUGAAAUUUAUGCCUCGAAGAAAAUCAGUUUUAUUAUCGACGAAGUGAUACAAACCGAAGCGAAUUAUGUGAAUAAUUUGCGUAAGGGCAUCAAGAAUUACGGCGAAUUGCAUGCACGUUCGGAUGCACCCGAGUGCUUCAAAGGCGCCGAAAAUCGCAUGCGCUUGCUCGGGAAUAUCGAGCAGAUUUUAGAGCUGCAUGAGAAACAGAUUUUACCGCUAAUGCUGCGCAAUCAGCGGGACUUGAAAUCGCUGUUCGACGAGUUUGCUGCCUACUUUGAUAAAAAUGAAUUUUAUUGCUAUGUGAUAUUUAUGAUGAAUAAAAAGACAUCGAUGCAGUUGAGACAGGAGCAACGCGCUUUUUUGCAGAAUGUGCAAAAUGAAAUAAACGACAAAUUGGGCAUCGACAGCUUCCUUGUACAGCCCAUACAAAGACUGACCAGAUAUCCAUUGUUGUUGCAGCAAUUCAUAUCUGAAUUCUACAAAAGCGGCAUAAGCUGUAAGCCAGUGCUGGUAUCUGUAUGCAAGCUGGAGACACGCAUGCGCCGUCUACUUGAUGUAGUCAAUCAGGCGGAAGAUGUGCCAGCGAUAGACGAGUUAACCGAGCUCAAUUUAACGGAGCAGGGCUACUUUCGACGCGCCACCGAGUUCGACGCUUAUCAUCAUCGUUCGCGCAAGAAAUAUGCCGCCAAAGUGUUCCUCUUCGAUCGCUGUCUUAUCUGUACCGAAGUGCGUAAGCGCCGUCUCGCCUAUCGUCAUCAUUACGAAUGGUCGACGUUGGAGUUACAGUUGAAUGGCAGCAAGAGUAUAACGGUACUGCAGCGUUCAAGCGGCGCCGUAACGGCAGAUGGCGCCAAGGAGGAGUAUGAAUUUACGGCGCCCGAGGCGUGCGCGGUGACACAGUGGUUGCGCUGUGCGCGCAAAAUCAUCGAAAUCGAUCGCGUGGAGUCGUCGAUGCGGGGGAAAUUCGUGCUGCCAAUGGAUUUGGUGCUCGGCGUUGGUGCGGCCAUUUGGCUGAUAUGGAAUUAUUUGUAUUAGUUUUUGGUAGUAACUUGAUUUUAAAUCAUAAUCAUUAAGGGCGGGUCCAGAACUCAAAUAAGCGGGUUAAUUUAUGAUAUUCAUCUGUUUACAAUAAGUUUUUACGCUAUGAAACUAUAGUUUUAGUUUGUUUAUGAAACAAAAAUUGCCGCGAACUUUAUAUUGUGUAAGAGUUUUAUUAAUGCAAUUAAUAUAUAGUUUUGUAAAACCGAAA